AUGACUACAAGAGUGAACUCAACUUAUUCGAUGCUUGAAAGUGCUCUUAAAUAUCGGCAUGUGUUUGAAAGUCUUCACUUGUAUGAUGGUGAUUAUGUGUUCUGUCCUUCAGCAGAAGAGUGGAAAAAAGUAGAAAAAAUUUGUGCAUUCUUGUUGCCUUUUAGUGAAACUGCUAACAUGAUUAAUGGCACAUCACAUCAUACUUCCAACUUGUAUUUUUUGCAAGUUUGGAAAGUCCAAUGUGUUCUAGUUGAUAGUUUGGGAGAUGAAGAUGAAGAUAUAAAGAGAAUGGCUGAAAGGAUGAUGAGCAAAUUUGAGGAAUAUUGGGAUGAGUAUAGUGUUGAUCUUGCAUUGGGUGCGGUUCUUGACCCGCGGAUGAAGUUGUCAACAUUGGCUUAUUGUUACUCAAAACUUGAUGCAACAACAUGUGAACGGAAGUUGCAACAAGUAAAGAGAAAGUUGUACAUGCUAUUUGACAAGUAUUCUAGCAAAAAUACUUCUUCUGGCAUGAAAAGAACUAUUCAGGACCAAUCUUCUCGUAUGCCAUUGCAAAAGAAAUUAAAGUCUUUAUCUCACGGCCUAUUUGAUGAAUUGAAAGUGCACUAUCAGCAGGUUGUUACUCGAACUGGAAAAUUUCAACUCGACGUUUACUUAGACGAGUCAAAUUUGGAUUUUCGUUGUUAUGAAGAUAUGGAUGUAUUACAAUGGUGGAAGAGUAAUAAUAAUCGAUUUCCGGAUCUAUCAAUAUUGGCCUGCGACUUGUUAAGUGUUCCCAUUACCACCGUUGCUUCCGAUUUUGAAUUUUGCAUGGGCUCACGUGUCUUUAACAAGUAUAAAGAUCGUGAUGACUUUGAAGAUGACGACGACUUUGUAGAAAUAAUGAAUGAAGUUGACGGUGAUGAAAAAUCAGAGAAAGCAUCUAAUGAUAAUGAUUUUGAAGAUGACAGUAAUGAUGGUGAUGAUGAUUGA